AUGGACACUCUUAUAAUGGUCUCGAUCAUGACUAUGAUGUUAUUUUCUACGUUCGCAACCACACGUGCCGCCACUCUUCUCGUGUCCAACGAGCUGAAGAGACGUGGUGAUGUUCCUGUCUUCGUCACGUGCCACCGAACCCCUUGGCUCUCCAAACUCGUACCUUUAGGUCAGAAGUUGCUGAUAGAGAUCCCAACCACUACCGGCGACAAUGCUGUUGAUGAGAAGGCGCAAGGAUCUAGACCGUGGCAGCCAAGAACUUGCAUAGGAACGUUUUACAGAGAAGCACAUUUCGGGAUGCACGAGACACCGUACGUUUUGUACAAUUCGGACAAAGAUGCUACGGAGUCUAAAAACUCAUGUUUCGUCGUUGUCAAAGACGAUGGAUUUUAUCGUUGGAACAACAAUAAGAGAAUCUGGGACAAGGUUUUUCCGAUCAUUUGGAACUAAAUCAUUUAUAUUUUUCAAAUGGUACCUUAUGUUUGAG